AUGACCAGGGAAGAAGGUUACAGAGAAGAAUUUAGCUAUGACAGGAUGCCAACUUUGGAGCGGGGAAAACAAGAGAAUGGAAAUUAUAUACCAGAUAUCAAAUCCAGUGACCUUCAGCUGUCAAAGAGGCUGCAUCCUUGCUUUAGUUACAAAACAUGGAUAUUUUCUUUGCUGAUGGGAACUUGCCUCCUUAUUACUUCUGGAUUUUCACUAUAUCUGGGAAAUAUUUUUCCAUCUGAAAUGGAUUAUUUACGUUGUGCAGCAGGUUCAUGUAUUCCUUCAGCAGUUGUGAGCUUUGCUAUAGCAAGGAGUAAAAUUAAUGUGAUACCAAAUUUUCAGAUUCUAUUUGUCUCUACAUUUGCUGUUACAACAACAUGUUUAAUUUGGUUUGGAUGCAAACUUGUCCUCAAUCCAUCAGCUAUAAAUAUAAAUUUCAACUUGAUUCUACUUAUUCUGCUGGAAAUCUUCAUGGCAACUACUGUGAUCAUUUCAGCUAGGUCUACUGAAGACUGCUGUACAAGAAAGAAAAAUACUGCAUAUGACAGUGCCAUUGUUUUGAGCAAUGUCAGCUUUCCUGCUCGAAUUCUGAAGUCAUACUCAGUAAUUGAGGUGAUUAUUGGAAUUUCAUCAGUGUUUGGUGGAAUAAUUGCUUUGAAUAUGGAUGUUCUAGUCUCAGGUCCAUACCUCUCAGUGACAUUCUUUUGGAUCUUAGUUGCUUGCUUUCCAAGUGCUAUUGCAAGUCAUGUAGCUGCUGAAUAUCCAAGUAAAUGUCUGGUUGAGGUCCUGAUUGCCAUUAGCAGUGUUACCUCUCCUUUGUUGUUCACUGCUUCUGCAUACUUAUCCUUCAGUAUCAUGCAAGUUGUUGACAUCUUUAAAAGUUACCCACCUGCCGUUAAACAAUCUUAUGAUGUACUCCUGUUGCUUCUGAUGUUGAUGCUCCUAAUUCAGGCAUGCCUUACUAUUGGAACUGUAAUACAGUGUGUGAAUUACAAGACAAAAAUGAAACUACAAGAUUCAGCAUGGACACCAUCACAGGUUAAAAAACAGGAAUACAGAGCAGAGGUUUCCAAUAAUACCUUAAAGGAUUUUGACAAAGAUAAAGCUUGGAAAGCGGUUGUGGUGCAGAUGGCUCAGUAGUUUGGAUUCUACAAAUGCAACCAACACAGCACAAUCCAAUAAGAUAAAUCAAAUGUUUGAAUUAAGGUUUAAAAACUUUUCCAUUUUUAAACAGCAAUAUAGUUGCAGCAGUAGGAGCCAUGGAAUAACACAGUAAAUGAUGUAUCUUUCUAAUAAUUUUAAAAUUUGUUGAUAAUAUUUUUAACACAUCUGUGUUUUCUGUUGAUAUCUGUAGGCUAGUGUUUAGAAGAUACCUUUAGAAAAAGGUAAUGAGUCACGGAUUUAUGCUGAUGGCAAAGUAAAAUAUUGCAAUAUGUAGUAGGCUUCAUAUAUUUGCAAGAGAUUGUUAUAACUGCAGUUAUGCAGUCAGUGUGACUGAUGAAUGCUUUUGUAAAGUUAUGAGUACAAGUCAUAAUUGAUGUUUUUGCUUAUACUUCACUUUUGUAGGAGUUGUAAAGUUGUUCUGCAUCUUAUUGCUUUUAUAUAAAUAAAAGUCUUUAUUAUGUGGAAACUC